AUGACGACAGUAUCCUUGCGUCCAGUUGAUCCCACCUCGCAAGAGGAUGAACAGAAGCUCAUCGAUGUCCGAACGGCCUGUGGCUGGGACGCCGAUAAAGUACCACAGUGGAUGAAGGAGAUGACCACAGGAGAGAGACUGCUAUGGUUGCUCUUUAGCGCGCAACCAGGAGACGGGGAACUCAAUGGAGACCAACCUAGGGAAGAGAUUGUCGGCAUGGCCGCUCUGACGCUUGAAUACGAGGACACAAAGGGCCACGGAGCCUCAUUUUCAAAGCAUCAAUCUGUCGAGAUCUGCUCCCUCUUUGUCUACCCGCAAUACCGAGGGGCCGGGAUUGGGAGGCAGGCCUUUGUUGCUGUGGAAGAGCAUGCGAAGCGAAUGGGUGCCAAAACCGUGCUUUUAAAGACGGGAACAUUUGAACGAAACAUCCCAUGGUAUCAAAGGAUGGGUUAUUCCGCGUUUGCGGUUGUCCCGGACUAUUGGACAGGGUGGGCACUCUCUGUAGGUAAACCUACAACUGAAGAAUUUACGUCUGCGACAUUUAUGAGCAAAGAGCUCUAA